GGAAGUGGUGUAUCUUAUUGUUGUGACUUGACUCAGUGGAGAUAAUGAGACCUUUAUGUGUCAGAGUCCAGAUUGCAGCUGUGUGUGUGUGUGUGUCAGUUUGUGUGGAUCAACAUGGAGGAACAGAAGAAGAAGAAGAUUCUGUGUGUGGGUCUGGUGUGUCUCGACAUCAUCAACGUGGUUGACAAAUACCCAGAAGAAGACACUGACAGCAGGUGUUUGUCGCAGCGUUGGCAGCGAGGAGGAAACGCUUCAAACUCCUGCACGGUGCUGUCGCUGCUCGGAGCGUCCAGCGCCUUCAUGGGCUCACUGUCUGCUGGACCGGUGGCCGAUUUUAUUUUGGAGGAUUUUCAGAAGUUCCACAUCGAUGUGUCUCUGGUGUCUGAGCACGCUCAGUGUGUCCUUCCAGCCUCUAUGGUCAUCAGCAACAUCAGCACAGGAAGCCGCACCAUCCUGCACAUGAACAGUUUCAUCAUGGCCGACUUCUCACGGUGUGCUGUCGAUGUCUCUGCGGUGGUUUGGCAGAUAGAAGGUCAAACUCCAUGUGCGUGUUGUGUGGUUUGUCCGUCCAGCGGAUCUCGAACCGUCAUUCUCUCUGACACGAACCUUCCUGAUGUCACAGCGGAGGAUUUCUCCAAAGCCGACCUCCAUCAAUUCAAGUGGAUUCACUGGGAGGGCCGAAAUGCCGAGGAGCAGGUGAAGAUGAUCCAGCAGGUAGUGAUGUAUAACAGCACGUUGCCACAGCAACAGAGGAUCACCGUCUCCGUAGAGAUCGAAAAGACCAGAGAACCGCUGUAUCAGCUGUUUCCUCACGGUGAUGUGGUGUUUGUCAGUAAAGACGUCGCUCGCCACUUCGGCUUCCUGUCAGCUGAAGCUGCUCUGAAAGGACUCUACAGUCGGGUCAAACAGGGGGCUGUCCUGGUAUGUGCCUGGGCAGAAAAAGGAGCAGAUGCUUUGGGUCCAGACGGUUUGAUCGUUCAUUCAGACGCUUUUCCUCCUGAAACUCUCGUUGAUACUCUCGGAGCCGGAGACACUUUCAACUCCGCCGUCAUCUACACACUGUCAAACGGUGGAAGUUUGCAGGACGCUCUGACCUUUGGCUGCAGAGUUGCCGGCAAGAAAUGUGGUUUCCAUGGUUACGACGGCAUUUCCGGAAAGUUCACAGUUGACUGACCGAAGAGUUAAAAACAGUGACGGAUUCAGAGAACUGUCUGUUUCCUCACACUGUAGAAAAUGUUGAGUGAAGUUAAAAAGAACUGACACUCAGAAGAAAUUUUGAUUUCUAAAGACAAAGAAACUGAUGAUUUCUAUUUAAAUAAUUAGCAGUUUGAGAGGUGAAGCUUCAUAAAAAAAACUGACCAAUCUGUGUCAGAGCUGCAUGUUUCAAUUAUUAACUGAUAUAUAACUAUUUGUUAACUGAUAAUCAAUGAUAUGUAACUGAUAGUUACCUGAGAAAUAACUGAUAGUUUACUGUUUGAUAAUUACCUGAUAUUACUUGAUAAUUAACAAUUAACAAGCUAAAUUAACAAAAUGAGCAUUGAUCAUGUUAAUUAACUGCUAGUUAGCUGCGUGAUGCUGUGAGUUUAAAUGAAGAACAUCUUGUUAGGGUUAUUGCUGUAGUUUUUUUACCUGAUGAGAAUGAAAUCCAUCAAACUGAUCAAUAAAUGACUGAAAUGAAA